AUGGCGCUCACUUCCAUUGUGGAUGAGAGUGCAAAUUGGUUAACGAAGCCCUUGUCGUUUGCCGAUUGUGUUGGGGAUGAACUUCCGUGGGGAUGGGAAGCAGGGUUUGACCCACAGAUUGGUGUCUACUACAUCGAUCACGUCAACAAAACCACACAGAUUGAAGAUCCACGGAAACAGUGGAGGGGGGAACAGGAGAAGAUGCUCAAGGACUAUCUCUCGGUGGCCCAGGAUGCUCUCAGGACACAGAAGGAGCUGUACCACGUGAAGGAGCAAAGACUGGCCCUGGCCCUCGAUGAAUAUGUACGAUUAAAUGACGCCUAUAAGGAGAAGUCAAGUUCUCACACAAGCUUAUUCUCAGGAUCUUCAUCCAGCACUAAGUACGAUCCCGAUAUUUUAAAAGCGGAGAUCUCCACUACGCGAUUAAGGGUUAAAAAGCUGAAGAGAGAACUCUCACAGAUGAAGCAGGAAUUGCUCUAUAAAGAACAAGGCUUUGAGACAUUGCAACAAAUUGAUAAGAAAAUGUCUGGAGGCCAGAGUGGCUAUGAACUCAGUGAAGCCAAAGCCAUUCUAACUGAACUGAAAUCUAUCAGAAAGGCUAUCAGCUCAGGAGAAAAAGAAAAACAAGAUCUGAUGCAGAGUCUCGCUAAGCUGCGGGAGCGGUUCCAUUUGGACCAGAGCACGGGCACAUCCGAGCCAGAUUUGAGGUCCAGUCCUGUGAACUCCCAUUUAUCUCUCUCCAGACAGACCCUUGAUGCUGGGUCACAAACCAGCAUUUCCGGAGAUAUCGGAGUGAGAAGUAGAUCAAAUUUAGCUGAAAAGGUCAGGCUGAGCCUACAGUAUGAAGAAGCCAAAAGAAGUAUGGCCAACUUGAAAAUUGAACUGUCAAAACUGGACAGUGAGACCUGGCCCGGGGCGCUGGACAUCGAGAAGGAGAAGCUGAUGCUGAUUAACGAGAAAGAAGAGCUUUUGAAGGAGCUGCAGUUUGUCACCCCACAAAAACGCACCCAAGAUGAACUGGAGCACCUGGAGGCCGCCAGGCAGCGGCUGGAGGAGGAGCUGUUGUCCGUGAGGGGUCCGCCGAGCCGGGCGCUGGCCGAAAGAUUGCAGUUGGAAGAGCGAAGGAAAGAGCUGCUACAGAAACUUGAGGAGACUACUAAAUUAACUACUUAUUUGCACUCACAACUGAAAAGCCUCUCUGCCAGCACCCUGUCCGUGUCGUCCGGGAGCAGCCUGGGCUCCCUGGCCUCCAGCCGGGGGUCUCUGAACACCUCCAGCAGAGGGUCGCUCAGCUCCCUCAGUUCCGGAGAGCUCUAUUACACCGGCCAGAGCGACCAGGUAGACGCGGAUUAUCAAUGUAAACUGGACCUCCUUCUGCAGGAGAAAGGCGGCUACAUUCCUUCUGGACCCAUCACCACCAUCCAUGAAAACGAGGUGGUCAAGUCCCCCAGCCAGCCUGGUCAGAGCGGCCUCUGUGGGGCAGCAGCCACAGCCACAGGCCACACUCCCCCACGGACUGAGGCCCCCAAGUCUGUGACGUCCCUGUCCUCACGGUCCUCCCUCUCCUCCUUGUCCCCUCCCGGCUCCCCCCUGGUUCUGGAAGGCACGUUCCCCAUGUCUUCCCACGAUGUCCCUCUCCAUCGGUUCACUGCUGACUUUGAAGACUGUGAAUUGAGUAGCCAUUUUGCAGACAUUGGCCUCGGUGACAAUCAGAUCUUGCUGGACUCGAACUCAGGAGGAGCGUCCCAGUCUCUCGCAGAGGAUAAAGACCUCAGCGAAUGCGCCCGGGAGCCGUUGUAUGAAGGAACUGCAGAUGUGGAAAAAUCAUUACCAAAAAGAAGAGCGAUCCACUUGCUUGGGGAGAAAAGUGCUUGCGUGUCAGCUGCUGUGUCCGAUGAGUCUGUGGCUGGAGACAGCGGGGUCUACGAAGCCUUCGUGAAACAGCCUAGUGAAGUUGAAGAUGUUCCGUACAGUGAAGGGGAUGUCACCAUCGUGGAGACUGCCCAGGUGCAGAUCGGACUCAGAUAUGAUGCCAGAAGGUCAAGUUUCAUGGUGAUUUUAGCACAGCUCCGAAAUCUCCAUGCCUUCCUGAUACCUCACACUUCAAAAGUAUAUUUCAGGGUUGCUCUGCUUCCCUCCUCAACUGACGUCAGCUGUCUGUUUCGAACGAAAGUCCAUCUAGCCACAGAAUCCAUUCUGUUCAACGAUAUGUUCCGGGUGGCCAUCUCCCAAACAGCCUUACAGCAGAAGACGCUGAGAGUGGAUCUCUGCUCUGUCAGUAAACACCAAAGUGAACAAUGCCUGGCUGGAACUCAGAUCAGUUUGGCCGACUUACCGUUUUCCAAUGAGAUUUUCACUCUGUGGUAUAACUUGCUGCCUUCUAAACAAAUGUCUCGCAAAAAGAAUGGCGAAGAAAAUGAGGAUUCCGUAUUUCAACCAGACCAGCCGUUAAUCGAGCCUAUAGACUUGGAUGCCGUGUCAGCCCUCCUCGCAAGAACAUCAGCUGAGCUGUUGGCUGUGGAACAAGAAUUAGCACAGGAGGAGGAGGAAGAAGAAGAACCAGGGCAGGAAGAAGAGGAAAGGGGUCCAGAUGGAGACUGGUUGACAAUGCUGCGGGAGGCCUCUGAUGAAAUCGCGUCUGAAGAAGAGGCCGACGUGAAGUUGCCCGAGGGCGGUCGCCGUGCAGGAGACCUGUGCUCGCACCCCCGCGUGCCCGAGGCGGAGGAGGACGUGGGCAGGAGAGAGGACGGCAGUGCUGAAGAGCGCGGCAGCCGGCCGCCCGGCGGGCCGUCCACCCUGGUUGAUAAAGAGACAAACACGGAUGAGGCAGGCGACACCAGUGUGGCAGUUCGCCCCAAAGACCGAAGCGGCCUGAGCACUCGGCAGCGCCCCUUUGUCCGCAGCAGCGUGAUCGUGCGCUCCCAGACCUUCUCCCCGGGGGAGCGGAACCAGUAUAUCUGCAGGUUGAAUCGAAGUGACAGUGACAGCUCAACCCUGGCUAAAAAAUCACUGUUUGUGAGAAACUCCACCGAACGGCGCAGUCUGAGGGUCAAAAGGACGGUGUGCCAGCCCGUCCUGAGAAGAACGGCGCAGGAACGGCCCGUGCGCACAUCCCUGGACCUAGAACUGGACCUUCAGGCGUCUCUCACCCGGCAGAGCCGCCUCAACGACGAGCUGCAGGCCCUGAGGGGCCUGAGGCAGAAGCUGGAGGCGCUGAAAGCUCAGGGGGAGACUGACCUUCCACCGGGCGUGCUGGAGGACGAGCGCUUCCAGAAGCUCCUGAAACAAGCUGAGAAACAGCACGUUCCCGGGAUGAGCGAAGGUGCUGACCAGCUGGUGCGCCUGGAAGGCCACGUGGCCCAAAAGCCAGCCCUUGAGGGCACGUGCCGGACCUGGGCGCCCCCCAGUCGGCCCUCCCACUGGUCACCGGGGCAGCGCUUGCGGCCCCGCCGUCCCCGCACCUUGACCCACGCCUACCUCGGGCCAUUCCCGCCGCCGCCGCAGCGGGAAGACCGCGCCCCCGGAGCCCGGUGUGCCCUGGCCCCGGUUCGCGGCAGCCUCGCCCGUGAACACGCGGACGAUUCCGGCGGCGUCCCCUUUUCACCGCGGCCGCCAAAGUGGGCAAUCGCGGCGGACUUCCCCGUCCCGCCGGCCCGUUUCCGCACCCACGUGCGCGGCGGCAGGGCCAUCAAAGGCGUGACGGUGAGCGCAGAGCCUGCCAACCGCCGCGAAAACUGCAGCGCCCGGAAGAGCGGUUCAUUGAAGGCAGCGGCAGGGCCCCGAUCCACCUCCGUCGCCCGGAAACCCGCCGGGGCCCAGGCUCGGAAUAAAACCCGACGCAGAGCCCGUGGCUUCGCGUGUCGCACGACGCCCUUGGGCAGCGGAGCAAGAAACGCAGGGCUGCAGAUGAAGACAGGACUGCAGAUCAAGACGGGACUGCGCUCCUUAGGCCGGGAGAAGAUUGCCUACUUCACCAGAGCGAAGAUAAGCAUCCCGUCCCUGCCAGCCGAUGAUGUGUGA